AUGAGUCAGAAUGAUCAGUCCGAGUUGCGCUACGUGCGGUAUGACAGUGCGCGGGAGAACGAAUUCGUCGCCGCCAUGCGCCAAUUGAUCUCCAAAGACUUGUCGGAGCCAUACAGCAUCUACGUCUACCGUUACUUCCUCUACCAAUGGGGAGAUCUCUGUUUUCUUGCCAUGGAUGACAAGGACGAGAUGGUAGGCGUCGUGGUCUCGAAGCUGGAGCAGCACCGUGGGGGGCCCCUCCGUGGGUAUAUUGCCAUGUUGGCUGUCCGCGAGGAAUAUCGGGGUCGGGGUAUUGCGACCAAAUUAGUUCGCAUGGCCAUCGAUGCCAUGAUCGAGAGGGAUGCAGAUGAGAUUGUUCUCGAAACCGAGAUUACCAACACUGCUGCGAUGAAGCUCUACGAAAGACUGGGCUUCUUGCGCAGCAAACGACUUCACCGGUACUACUUGAAUGGCAACUCUGCCUACCGGCUCGUCCUCUACCUUCGAGAAGGAGUUGGCUCCAUUCGAACCUCGUUCGACCCAUAUGGCCCGCCGUAUCCGAUAGAGCAGCACAGUACCUCCACUGCUGAAGGAAAUGGUAGCUGA